UGUUGGGAAUCUGUAUUUUUGUUUUCGCCAAGUACAAAUUUAAUGGGACAUAAUUUUAGUCUUUUCUCUUUGAUUUAGUACUGACAGCUUUAAACCAAAUUAUACUAAGAUGGGAAUCUUAGAAAGGAUUGCUGAGAUUGAAAACGAGAUGGCAAAAACUCAGAAGAACAAGGCUACAGCAAAUCAUUUGGGUUUGCUGAAAGCAAGAUUGGCCAAGCUUCGCAGGGAGCUUAUAACCCCAAAAGGAUCAGGCGGGGGUGCUACUGGGGAAGGUUUUGAUGUUGCAAAAACUGGUGAUGCACGCGUUGGUUUUGUUGGUUUUCCAUCAGUUGGUAAAUCCACUUUGCUGACUAAUUUAGCUGGUGUAUAUUCUGAAGUUGCUGCCUAUGAAUUCACCACUUUGACAACUGUACCAGGAGUUAUCCGCUACAAAGGAGCAAAAAUUCAGCUUCUUGACUUGCCUGGUAUUAUUGAGGGGGCUAAAGAUGGAAAAGGCAGGGGGCGUCAGGUCAUUGCAGUUGCAAGAACUUGCAGUCUUAUCUUCAUUGUCCUUGAUGUUUUGAAACCACUGGGUCAUAAAAAACUAAUAGAAUAUGAACUGGAAGGAUUUGGGAUAAGAUUGAACAAGAAGCCACCAAACAUUGCGUUCAGAAGAAAAGAGAAAGGUGGCAUCAAUUUCCAGACAACUUGUGUGCAAUCAGAGCUUGACAUUGAUACAAUACGAACAGUUCUCAGUGAGUAUAGGAUUGCCAAUGCUGAUAUAACGGUGAGAGAAGAUGCUACAGUAGAUGAUCUCAUUGAUGUUGUUGAAGGCAACAGAGUAUACAUUCCAUGUAUAUAUUUGCUCAAUAAAAUUGAUCAAAUUUCCAUUGAGGAGUUGGACAUUAUUUAUAAAAUCCCACACUGUGUCCCGAUCUCCGCACAUCAUAAAUGGAACUUUGAUGAUCUUCUCGAGAAACUAUGGGAUUAUUUGAAUUUAACACGAGUGUACACUAAACCAAAAGGUCAACUUCCUGACUAUAACUCUCCUGUUAUUCUUCGAGAUCAAUUAACCACCGUUGAAGAUUUCUGUAACCGACUUCAUCGAUCCAUUAUCAAGGAGUUCAAACAUGCUCUGGUUUGGGGAUCAUCGGUGAAACACAAUCCUCAGAAAGUUGGCAAAGAACACAAACUGAACGAUGAAGAUGUCGUACAGAUUGUUAAAAGGGUGUAAAAACAACAAGAAAUUGGCGUAAGAUUGAACCUGGAUCUAGGUUGUUCCAUCUAUGACAAACUGUUGAUUGAAAGAUAGACCAAGAUGAAGAACAAUUGGUCUGAAAAUGUGUCAACUGAUCCAAUGAAUGAUAGUAUGUGAAUAUAUGGAGUGGUGAACACUUCAGAGACAUUGAAGAAAGCCACAGAUAAAUGUGUAGUUCUGUUGAAUGCAUUUCAAUAAUUGAUGAUAUGUGAAGAUGUGGAGUCCUACAUUUUACACUGUACCUCUUUCAAUCACGAUUCUUUCUCUCAAAGGUAAACACGAAAAUAUCAACAACAAAAUAUCAUCAUUAAGAGAUGCUAUACUAAUAACAUCAUCCUUAAUGUCCUCCAUUACUGCAGUUUUACAUUCAAUGGCUUCUUCUUUUGUCACAUAGUUCUCAAGGAAGUUCUAGGAAUGUAUAACAGGGUUUGCAUUAUACACAUUAUGAUAUCUGUAAGUAUGAUCUUAUGAGCAUGAUACUUAAUAAACACUAUAGAUAAACAACAAAAUUUUUCAAUUUUAUGUUUUUAAUUACAAACAUGUUUAGACUUAUCUAAUAACUAUUCACACUGAAGAUGACUUAAGUACAGUUAAGUCAAAACAUGUUUGUAAUUAAAAACAUAAAAUUGAAAAAUUUUGUCAUUUAUCAAAAAUGUUUAUUAAAUAUCUGGAAGUUCUAAUAAUCAACCUUAAAUGAGUCUUUAGACAGCA